CACUAUCAGCCGACGUGAGAAGCAGAGCGAUCACUCCCCAGGAUCCACAUACUCCAGAGCAAGAGCGUUCGGCACACCAAGUGGGCGACCAUGGCGGCCCCGGUGGCUCUCACCAUCUUCCUGCUGAUCCUCCUCCCAGCGCACCAUGCUCUUGCCACGGCGGCCGGCGACGCGCACCCAGGCUACGCGGACACCGAGACCGACACCUGCGGGCCGGCGCUGGACCUGGGCGGCUCCUCCUCUUCCGCAGGUGCGGCCGGUCGGCGCUACGGCCCGGGGCUGGAGGAGUACGGCGGCGGGCGCAUCGUGGACAUUACACACGCGUUCCGGCCAGGCAUGCCGGCGUACGCGCCGGGCGCGACGGUGGGCCCCAUCGUGCGGCUCAAGGAGUCGAUGGAGAACGGGUCGGACUACAACUUGUCGGAGCUCAGCAUGGAGUGCCACAUAGGAACCCACGUCGACGCGCCGGGGCACUUUAACCAGGCCCACUUCGCCGCCGGCCUCGACGUCGACACGCUCGACCUCGAAGUCCUCAACGGUCCUGCAUUACUGGUCGAUGUUCCGAGACACACAAAUAUAACAGCUGAAGCAAUGGAAUCCCUAAAUAUACCGAAAGGUGUUCGUCGUGUUCUCUUCAGGACAUUGAACACAGACAGGGGACUCAUGUGGAAGGAAGGAGGUGAUAUGAGUUACGUUGGAUUUACGGAGGAUGGUGCCCAGUGGCUUGUUGACAACACCGACAUCAAGCUGGUUGGUCUGGACUAUUUAUCUAUUGCAUCAUUUGAUCACGCGUGCUCUGCCCAUGUGGUCUUCUUAAAAAAUGCGGAUAUCAUCUUAGUUGAACAUCUGAAGCUAGAAUACGUCGAGACCGGAUUAUACAUGUUGCACUGCUUACCUCUAAGAUUGGUUGGAUCUGACGGUUCACCAAUCAGGUGCAUUCUUAUCAAGUGAUCACAUCUUCUCGGAGGCCGCAAUCUAUCGUGCCCGCUGAUGCUACAUAUAUACUCCACCUGUGUAAUUUAAACGUUGCAUGUCAUGUAAAUAUGUUUUGUACUAUCAACAAAGUAUUUCAAAUGACAACAAAAGGUGUAUCAUUACUAUAGACAAGUCACAGGUGCAACACAAAUGUUGCAUGGUACAAUAAUUCUAUUUAUUUCUAUA